CGAACAGGGGUGGUGAAUCCAGGCCAAUAGCCCGUUUCUCUAAAUCGAGCAUUCCUAACACGGCUAAGUGCUGCACUAUAAAGAACGCAGAACAGCACAUCAGGAAAGCCCUGUUCGAAGAACGAUUAAGCCGGAGCCAAUUGCCUGACAGACGGUGCCGUCGUUUUCGCCCGAGCUCUCUCCCCAGCCACUCAAGCAAAGGAACCCCUGGAGAUUUUUCUACGGUGACGAAAAAAGGGACACAACAAACUUAAACUAUUUAUUAAGCUGACCAGUCGAGUGACCAACAAAAACAAUACAACAUGCCUGAGGUAGGAGAAACACGCACCAGAGUGAAGGACUUUGGCAUGGAUAGAAUGCUUGCCACCAAGGAGCAUGGACUGCCUAAGAAGGGGAUCCAUGGCAGAUAUGACAGCAGAGUGGAGGCAGAAGUCCUUGGCUUCAUCAAGGCUAACACAGGGGAAUCUGUAGAGCCGGGCUCAGAAACUUUCUUCAAAACGCUCAGGGACGGCAAAAUCCUUUUGAUGCUAGCCAACAAAAUCCGCGAUGGAACUCCCAACUGCCCCGAGGCUGCCCAGAACCUCGACCUCAAAAUCAACGAGCAAGAAAUCGCUUUCAAACAGAUGGAAAACAUCGAGAAAUUCUUGAAGUUCUGCCGUGCAUAUGGUGUAUCCAAGGUCAGCUGCUUCCCCACCGUGGACUUGUUCGAAGCUAGAAACCUCCCCAACGUCAUGUCAACUCUGCAACUCCUGGGGUCUGAGUGCCAACGCCACGGCUUCAGUGGCGCCACCUGCGGACCCAAACCCACCGAACGCCACGAAACCAACUUCAGUGAGGAGACCCUGAGGGCCGGCCACGGACUGAUUGGUCUGCAGUACGGAACCAACAAGCUCGCUUCCCAGAGAGGAAUGACCAGCAUGGGCGCUGUUAGGCACAUCGCCGACAUUAGGGCUGAUAACAUGGAAGAUAGGGCCACCAUUGGCCUACAGAUGGGUUCCAACAGAUUUGCAUCACAGAAAGGUAUGACGUCCAUGGGGGCCGUCCGCCAUAUUGCUGAUAUUCGAGCAGACGACCAAGUUGACAACGCAACUAUUGGUGGUCAGAUGGGUUCUAACAGGUUUGAAAGUCAGAAAGGUAUGACGUCCAUGGGGGCUGUCCGUCACGUCUCUGAUAUCAAGAGUGACGAUAUGGUUGACAAUGCUACCAUCGGGCUACAAAUGGGAUCGAACCGUUUUGCUUCUCAAAAGGGAAUGACUUCCAUGGGAGCUGUCCGCCAUGUUGCUGACAUCCGUGCCGAUGACAUGGAAGAUCAGAGUACAAUUGGCAUUCAGAUGGGAAGCAACAAAUUCGCAUCCCAAAAAGGCAUGACGACAAUGGGUGCUGUCCGCCAUAUUGCUGAUAUUAGGGCCGACCAGUUUGAGGACAAAGCAACCAUUGGUGCUCAGAUGGGAACUAACAGGUUUGACUCACAAAAAGGCAUGAGAGGUUAUGGUGCAGUUAGACAUGGUGCCGACGUCGGUGCCACCGAUGAUAUGGUCGACAAGUCCACCAUUAGCGUACAAAUGGGAACGAACAAGUUUGAGUCACAGAAAGGCAUGACCUCUAUGGGAGCCGUUCGUCACAUCGCUGAUAUCAGAGCAGAUCAGUUCGAAGAUAAGUCCACUAUCGGCGCUCAGAUGGGCUCUAAUAAAUUUGACUCGCAGAAGGGCACUCGCGGGUACGGCGCUGUUCGCCACGGAGCUGACGUAGGGGCUAAAGAUGAGAUGGUUGACAAAUCAACCAUUGGUAUCCAGAUGGGAACAAACAAGUAUGAUUCCCAGAAAGGCAUGACAUCCAUGGGCGCCGUUCGUCAUAUUGCUGAUAUCAGAGCAGACGACAUGGAAGACAGGUCCACAAUUGGCGCUCAGAUGGGAUCAAAUCGAUUCGAAUCGCAGAAAGGCAUGAGGGGUUAUGGUGCUGUUCGCCACGGGGCUGAUGUAGGAGCAGAUGAUGAAAUGGUUGACAAAUCAACCAUUGGUAUACAAAUGGGCUCCAACAAGUAUGAAUCCCAAAAAGGUAUGACUUCCAUGGGUGCCGUCCGCCAUAUUGCUGAUAUCCGAGCAGACGACAUGGAAGACAGGUCGACAAUCGGUGCACAAAUGGGCUCCAACAAGUUCGAUUCGCAAAAGGGCACUCGUGGUUAUGGCGCUGUUCGCCACGGAGCUGACGUAGGAACUAAAGAUGAGAUGGUCGACAGAUCAACCAUUGGUAUCCAGAUGGGAACAAAUAAGUAUGAUUCCCAGAAAGGCAUGACAUCCAUGGGCGCCGUCCGUCAUAUUGCUGAUAUCAGAGCAGACGACAUGGAAGACAGGUCCACAAUUGGCGCUCAGAUGGGAUCAAACCGAUUCGAAUCCCAAAAAGGCAUGAGGGGUUACGGUGCAGUGCGACACGGAGCCGAUGUCGGAGCAGAGGAUGAAAUGGUUGACAAAUCAACCAUUGGUAUACAAAUGGGCUCCAACAAGUAUGAAUCCCAGAAGGGCAUGACAUCCAUGGGUGCUGUCCGCCAUAUUGCCGACAUUAGAGCUGACGACAUGGAAGACAGGUCCACAAUCGGUGCUCAGAUGGGUUCCAACAAAUUCGACUCGCAAAAGGGCACUCGUGGAUACGGCGCUGUGCGCCACGGUGCUGACGUAGGGGCUAAAGAUGAGAUGGUCGACAAAUCAACCAUUGGCAUCCAGAUGGGCUCCAAUAAGUAUGAUUCUCAAAAGGGCAUGACAUCCAUGGGUGCCGUCCGCCAUAUUGCUGAUAUCAGAGCAGACGAUAUGGAAGACAGGUCGACAAUCGGUGCACAAAUGGGUUCCAACAAGUUCGACUCGCAGAAGGGCACGCGUGGAUACGGCGCUGUUCGCCACGGUGCUGACGUUGGGGCUAAAGAUGAGAUGGUCGACAGAUCAACCAUUGGUAUCCAGAUGGGUUCCAAUAAGUUCGAUUCUCAGAAGGGCAUGACUUCCAUGGGUGCCGUCCGCCAUAUUGCUGAUAUCAGAGCAGACGAUAUGGAAGACAGAUCCACCAUCGGUGCCCAGAUGGGUUCCAACAAAUUCGACUCACAGAAAGGCAUGAGAGGUUACGGCGCCGUCCGACACAUUGCUGACAUCAGAUCUGACGACAUGGAUCCUGGCUCCAAAGGCUACAUCGGUCUACAAGCAGGCACUAACAAAUAUGAUUCACAGAAAGGAAUCACAGCUUUCGGUGCUCCACGUCGUCCUGCUGAUAUGCGCAUGCCGAACCUCCUUGAGGAAUACGGUUAUUCUGGUGGCUCAACUGAUUUUUAAGUUAUGUUUAAGAUUAAGAGAGAACUAUGUUAUACACUAUUCUUCGGGCACUCAGGCUAUUCAUCGCCUUCAGUCUUUCAAGAAAUAAUGUUCAUUUGUUGUCUUAACUUAGUCUGGAUCUAGCGCGUUAGCAAGCUUGUUUUUUUUUCUAUGAACUUCAACAUCUUGCCCAAUUUUUCGUAAAUUGAACAAUGUACGUUACUUUCAAAACAGAUGAUUUUUUAUGACUCUGAUAGGCUAAUUCUAGGGUAUUAUUCAAACCAUUAACCUUUUUUAAGCAUCACAAUGUGUAUAAAACCGGAGGGUCAUAAUACGAAAUUUAUUUAUUUUAUGCAAAAAUGUUGUAAAUUAUUUGGCUUUUUUGCUUAAUGUAUAUUUAUUGUUUUUCUUCUGUUCACGUACCUGAUAUCGCACUCUCAUAACGUAUUUGUCUCACCCUCCAUUGUAACCCGAAUUAUAUUGCACUGUUCAUUAACACUUUAUGAAUACAUCUUGGAUCAAAUUUGAUAUUACGUAUUGAAUAAUUAUUCAUUAAAAUUAAAAACAAGUUGCGAUCUGACCACAUUUUGUUAGUUAUGGGACGCCCCUUUGUUAUUAUACGCUUAACGAAAGGCACACAUAGCACCUGUACAACAUUAUUAUUUUUAUUAUCUUAUAUAUUAUCUACUGAGUGUUCAACCACUAUCAAUAAAGGUAAAUAUAUCGAAAUUCAAUUUAUACUGCUAAAGAAAUGUGAUGACGGGCUUUUUGUAUACCGACUGCUUGCUGUACAUGUUUGCGAUAUAAAUGGAAGGAAACGGACAAUGUAAGGUUUGAGGACAUUGAAUUUGGAUGGUGAAAGUCAGGUAAGGCACUGUAGUCCCUAAAGGCAAAAAGCAGAUAAGAAAUUAAUUUUUACAUAUUGUUGCUCAAUAAAAAAUUAAAAAGCAA